UUUUUUUUAAGAACAUCUUUACUCUUCAAUGCUUGUUUGCAUUUACACAACGGAACGGUUUUUCUGAGUAAUGGCCGCGCUCAGAAUCUCAGCCUGAUGCUCCGGAGACAUGAAUUGCAGAUGAGUUUCCCUUCCACCUUUGGAUGAAUCUCUGGAGUUUAAAUUGUAGCGAGGAAGCGGGAAAAAAACACGAUGAAAGAGAAGUCCAAAAAUGCUGCCCGGACUAGACGGGAGAAAGAAAACAGUGAAUUUUAUGAACUGGCUAAAUUACUACCCUUGCCCUCCGCUAUCACCUCUCAGCUGGACAAAGCAUCCAUAAUCAGACUCACUACCAGCUAUUUAAAAAUGAGAGUGGUUUUUCCAGAAGGACUCGGAGAAGCCUGGGGCCACUCCAGUAGAACCAGCCCACUGGAUAAUGUUGGACGGGAACUGGGAUCCCAUCUUUUGCAGACUUUGGACGGUUUCAUAUUUGUUGUGGCUCCGGAUGGCAAGAUCAUGUACAUCUCGGAGACUGCCUCGGUGCACCUGGGCUUGUCGCAGGUAGAGCUGACCGGCAACAGCAUUUACGAGUACAUCCACCCCGCCGACCACGACGAGAUGACGGCGGUGCUGACGGCGCACCAGCCUUACCACUCGCACUUCGUGCAGGAGUACGAGAUCGAGAGAUCCUUUUUCCUGAGGAUGAAGUGCGUCCUGGCCAAGAGGAAUGCGGGCCUCACCUGCGGUGGCUACAAGGUGAUUCACUGCAGCGGGUACCUGAAGAUCCGCCAGUACAGCCUGGACAUGUCUCCCUUCGACGGCUGCUACCAAAACGUUGGCUUGGUCGCCGUGGGCCACUCGCUGCCGCCCAGCGCUGUGACGGAAAUCAAGCUCCACAGCAAUAUGUUCAUGUUUCGGGCCAGCCUAGACAUGAAGCUCAUAUUCUUAGAUUCCAGGGUAGCGGAGCUAACAGGUUACGAGCCCCAGGACCUGAUAGAGAAGACCCUUUACCAUCAUGUCCAUGGCUGUGACACCUUUCACCUGCGUUGUGCACAUCACUUGUUGCUGGUGAAAGGGCAAGUGACCACCAAGUACUACCGCUUCUUGGCCAAGCACGGCGGCUGGGUGUGGGUGCAGAGCUACGCCACCAUCGUGCACAACAGCCGCUCCUCCCGCCCGCACUGCAUCGUCAGCGUUAACUACGUGCUCACGGACACUGAAUAUAAAGGACUACAGCUCUCCCUGGAUCAGGUCACUGCUUCCAAGCCGGCGUUCUCAUACGCAAAUUCAGCUCCAACCAUAACGGAUAAUAGAAAGGGAAGCAAAUCUCGCCUCUCGAGCACAAAGUCAAAAUCAAGGACAUCUCCGUACCCACAGUAUUCCGGAUUUCACACGGAGAGAUCCGAGUCUGACCAUGAGAGCCAGUGGGGUGGGAGCCCCCUGACCGACACGGCUUCCCCACAGCUCCUGGAGCCCGCGGACAGAGCGAGCUCCCAGCACCACGACAUCUCCUGUGCCUACAGACAGUACUCAGACCGCAGCGCGCUCUGCUACGGUUUUGCACUGGACCACUCCAGGCUGGCUGAUGACAGGCAUUUCCACACUCAGGCCUGUGAGGGAGGCAGAUGCGAAGCUGGCCGGUAUUUCCUUGGCACGCCGCAGCCGGGAAGGGAGAGCUGGUGGGGCUCUCGCUCAGCCUUGCCUCUGACUAAGUCGUCCCCCGAGAGCAGAGAAGCAUAUGAGAACAGUAUGCCCCACAUAACGUCAGUGCACAGGAUUCAUGGAAGAGGACACUGGGAUGAGGACAGUGUUGUUAGCUCACCCGAUCCUGGCUCUGCCAGCGAGUCCGGCGACCGAUACCGUACCGAGCAGUAUCAGAACAGUCCGCAUGAGCCCAGCAAAAUUGAAACUCUCAUUAGAGCCACCCAGCAAAUGAUUAAAGAAGAAGAAAACAGGCUACAGCUGCGGAAAACCACUCCUGACCCACUGGUUUCCAUUAAUGGCACAGGGAAGAAGCACGCUAUCUGUUUUGCAAGCUACCCUCAGCAGCAGCUGGCAGCGGACGUCUGCCGCGUGCCAACAGUUGCCAACACUCCUCCCUGUGAACAUAUCCAGCAGCGGGAUGGAAAGAUCAUGAGCCCGCAUGAAAAUGACUACGACAACAGCCCCACUACACUGUCUAGGAUAAGCAGCCCCAGUUCUGAUCGAAUAUCAAAAUCUAGUUUGGUACUUGCUAAAGACUACCUGCAUUCAGACAUGUCCCCUCACCAAACCCAAGGAGACCACCCAGCAGCCUCUCCAAAUUAUUACAGCUCCCACAGGCAGUACUUUGAUAAGCAUGCUUACACACUAACUGGAUAUGCCCUGGAGCAUCUAUAUGACAGUGAAACAAUUAGAAACUAUUCACUAGGCUGUAAUGGAUCCCACUUUGAUGUGACUUCUCACUUAAGGAUGCAGCAAGAUCCAGCACAAGGACACAAGGGAACAUCUGUUAUAAUAACCAAUGGAAGCUGACAAUUUUUUUUCUAAAAACUUUCGCGCUUUAAAAAAUAACCUUUGAGCUCUAAUUGGAAGAUAUUCUAUGUUUUCAUGCCCUUGUCCUUACCAGCAUUUCCCAUACCACAGUGCACUAGAAAGAAGAACCUAAGGUUUGGGGGGAUAAGUUAGUUAAAACACAUUACUUAAGGAAAAUAACAAAUGCACUGGCAUGCAGGGUUAGAGUAAAUGGCGUUCAAUGCAAAGUUGGUUCCAUGCAUGCUGAGAAGAAGAGGUUCAGGCAGGGAGUACCUGUGGCAGAGCAGUUUAUCCACAUUGUGUAAGAGGUGUUGUUUGGAAACACUGCCAAGGGCAGAUCUUCUGAACUGCAUAGGUACCAGGCAACAGAACUGCAAUGCACUCUUUUUACACAGGAAGCUGGGAUAUGUUCCUUCAAAAUACACAACAAAAUGUGUACUUUUGGUGAUUUGUUUACUCCCCAAAGGCCAAGAAUGUUAUGCUGCUGUAUGGUAUAAAACAUCCGUGGCUGACCAAUAUAAGAUCAAAAAGGGGAGAAAGAAGAGAGAACUCCUCGAAUUGUUGUGUCCUUGUGUACUCACAAACAUAGCUAUUUACAUAUGCUUGAUUUGAAAAGAGUCCUUAUGAUUAGUAUGGUCAAAUGUUUACCUCUAUUGUAUUAAAAGGAAAGGAGUGUUCUCACUGUAGUUUUGAGAAACGCAAAGAGCUUGCUUGUCUUGCUGUAGAGAUGAGAGAUUGUUCUCUUGUUUUUGAAAGGUUGCCCGUGGUGGCUAGUGGAGUGAAACAGAAGAAAAUUGCCUGGAGAAACAGGUAGAAUAGACUGGAAUUAGGAGUGGUCCAAGGUAAACACUUAACCCUGUAGCUAAGUAUGCCAUUUAGUAAUAAUUAUAAAAUAAGGAAAAGUGGCUGAAUAAUUAAGAAUUAAUUUAAAACACAGAAGGAACUCAAUAGAAUCAUAGAAAUAUUGCUGUAAAAUACAAAUGCAGUUGCAUAAAUGUAAAAAUACAUGAGUCAAGAAUAGGUAAAAACUCUUUGGCAGUUUGUCUAACUUCUUAUAAAGUUUUGGAGUAAAUUAAGAGAGUAUAGAGUAUCAUAACUACUCUGUCUGAAACUCAGUGAAGUAACAGGCAUGACCUUGAUAAAGAAAUAUAAAUUCUCUUUUUGAUUGCAGCAGAUAAUGAAUAUCAGAAAAUAUUUUGGAUAUUAAAAUCAGCCAUAUGUACAUUAAAAAAGUAGAGGGAAAUCAGUGUUCCAAGGAAUUAAAUUGCAUUAAGAAUGGUGGUAUUAUCAAGGCCAGUCCUGGAGUUAUACAAGACAUCAAAAGAGGCAGAGGAACUUUUUUAACAUUUUUAAUAACCUCAUGAACAAAGAGACUGAUUAAUUGGAAAAGAAUAAAUGCAAACAUAUGCUAAAAAUGUAAAAUAGGGCAUUUGUAGUCACAAUUGCUAGAGCCGUCCUUUUUUGUAUGGCAUUUAUAUGGUCCCAAAGUUGGGGGCAACAGGAGGGACCACUGCUCCCUCUUAUGCCAAUGUGGAGGAAAGGGGACCUGAGGUGGUUGCUAAAAUGAGAUUAGCUCUAAGACUAGCUUAAUUUGUAACAUUCAGAAGCUCAACAUAUGGGACUGAGUCAUCAAUGGGACUAAAUAUAAACCAGCAUGCUAUGGGUGGGUUAAAAAUACUGUUUCCAAAUAAAACUAAUCAGAAGCAAAAGCUAAAUAAUAACAUUAUAAACCACGUAAGUAGAGACGUACUUGAAAGCAGAGGAAAUUACCUCUCUGAACUUGGAAUACUGUGUAGAGUCCUGAUCACUCCAAAGCAGAUUGUGAAUCUUGAAUUGAGUAGUACCUUACUCCAUAAGCAACCUUUGUUGACUGCAGUGUGAUUGCUCCUGGUGAAAUGCGCGUUGGACACAAGGGAGAACAACACAGUCUGGUCUUUAUUAUCUAAACCUCGUAACAAAAAAGGUGGAGCAGAGCUCAGCAAAAGAUAAAGAGAAUGAAAGAUCUAAUAAAAGCUUUAAAUAAACUUGGUCUGUCAUCUUUGUAAGGGAAAGGAGUAAGGGGUAAUGUCACUGAUGUGCACCAAACUCUGCACAGAGGAGAGAUAAAUAAUGAUCUAAAACUAUUUGAACUAGUGGCAGAAAUGAGGGACAGGGCACUGAAUGAUAGCAAAGGCAAAAUGAGAACAAAAUUAUUUGGCAAGAAGUUAAUUUGAUUCAUUGCCAAAUGGAUAAUGAAGGUCAAAAAGAGAAGCAGAUAGCGAUUUGUUUGUUUAUUUUAAGAUAAAAACAAGGCAAAUAAUUGAGGGGAAGAAAAACGUUGACAACUGUUAACUCAGAACAAGAAAUGGACCAAAAUGGACUUCUUUCAGCCCAAUAAUUGUAUAUAUUCCUAAAGCAUAGGAAUAAGAAAUUAUUUUUGAUAAAUUUAGUUCUGGAUACAUAUUUAUUUCACUUGUUCCUAUGAAUGAUAUGAAUAAACUUGUACUUGGAGUCUCCUUUUACAGUAUUAAAAUACAAUUUGCAAAGCGAAUUGGAAUAGAGGUACAUAGUAUCACACUAUUCCUACAAGUACAUAUAAAAUCACACCUAAGUGUCAAUAUUACUUUGUAUUUCAAAAGAGUCUCCUAAACUGUUUGAAUGAAUGGGGUUUUCUCAGCACUCAAAUUUCUUGGGAUCACAAAACACUCUUGCUAUCAAGCUUUUAGUUAGAAGGCAACGGAGUUCUGCAGACCAGCUGCAGUUCCCUGGCUGUGGUCUAAUGGCCACAAGUGGCCAGGAAACCACAUUUUGGUGACUGCUGCAUUUGCAUUCUGACAGGCACCCUUGGAAAACAGAAGACUUAUAAGACCAACAGGCACAGCAUAAGAUGCUACAGGACUUCACCUAGGAAAAGAGGCCUGUGUGCUAUGCAAUAAAAGUCCCCCAUCCUUAUUUACAGUGAUCCCAAGACUGUAGUUAUUUAUUCAUAUUUUCAAUAGCUCUAGUCCACUACAAAGGCAAAAAAAUGCACUGUAAUGAAUGGAAUAAAUCAGUAGAGAUGUCUCUACAUCCAGCCAUGUUGUGCUACAAGCAAAGGCUGAAGCUCUCUCUCCUCAUGGAAUUCCAGCAACUGGCAGUCCUUAGCGCUUCAGUAUAGUAUGCUGGAGAUGGAUGUCUUUUGUCAGCUUGUUUGCUAACCUGCUUCUUUAGAUAGCCAGGAAUUUCUUCUUAAUUGACAGAAAGCAUUGAGUUUUGCAAACAUAGACUCUGCAUGCUUCAUGCUACAUGAAAGCAAGUCUGCAAUCUUAAUUAUAGUA